AUGACGGCACUCCCACUGUCCGGAUGUCCUCUCAAGCGUCUGGAGAUCCAUGGCGGGGCCACCCACAGCACGUAUGACGCCGCCAACUUGGACAGUUCCUUGACGGCUACCCUAGAAGCUCAGCGAUGUACCACCGGAAAUCACAGCAAUCUGUUGUUUCAAUCUCAUCUAGGGCUUCAACGAAUAUUUUCUAUACAACUUGCAGAUCUCAGUGAAACACCAAACAGCGAGAGAGAAAUCAUGAGAAUCCAUGAGCCGUCUUUCAGUAUACGCAUAAAAAUUCAUCAAAUUCAACAGGAUGUAGUGGUUUCAUUCGAAAUGAAGCAAGACUUCAAUCACGCAAUAAACAUACUCAAACGUAUUGGAUACCGUGCUCAAAAUGGCAUCCCUCCCGCAUUGCAUGCUAUUGACACCAAUGAUACUACGGCUCAAUCCGAUCCAGGGCCUUAUUCAUAUCACUCCGGACCACGCCUGAGUUCGUUUACCCCCUUGGGGAAUGGAGCACAACAACUCUCUCAAUCGAACUUUUCAUUCACAUCCAUGUUGAAUUCCGAUAUUCCUUUAUCACAACUGCUUCCAUUGGGCAUGAAGGAUCAGUGCUUUCAUCACCCUCCACCAUACAACGUACCACAGCAGUCGCGCCGACAGAGUGAUCCAGCAACGGUGUUUAAUCCACAUCCAAGUCAUCAAAAUUUUAAUAUCAAUCAAUCAAAAAUAAUGUAUCAGCCGCUCAUUAGUUCUCCUUUGCGACAUGCUUUACCUGUCGAUGACCAAAAUGAGGCCCCUAAUUCACCAAUGCCAAACAGUCAGCCAACGUUCUGCACCGACUAUGCGGAUAUGCCAUCUUUAUCAAGCUAUCGGUCUAUAUCUGAACCCAACUCACUAUUCAAUCAUUCACAGCUUUCAGAAACGUCAGUUACAAGCUACGAUACAUCACUAGACCCCCAAUUUGGCCCUUCAAGCAGCCAAGAGAGUCUCACUUCUGUGGACAGCUCCUCACAAGCUACAGACACGACUGAUGACAAUUUUCAAUUGCAACUGGGGCAAGAUUUUCGCAAAUUCCUGCCCCGAACGCGCAGUUUGCCAUUCUUAAAAGGCAAAGAUCAUAAAGUCGCCAAAUCAAAGCCGAGGGCUAAGCAGAAUCAGCGGCACAGCAACUCACAGGAGAAAAAAAUCAUGGACAAGAAUGCGGAUGUACACAGAAAAGAAAGUACCAAAAUGGCAGACUCGAAUAACGAUGACUCUCAGCUUGUUUUGCAUCAUACUCCACCCCGAUCAAAAGUUUCACAAGCCAGCGACACCCCAAUUUAUCACUCCUCUUUGGAAGAGACUAAGCCAACCACUAUGUUGAUCGCUGACCCUAUCCUACUAGAGAGGGCGAACAAAGCCACUUCUCAAUUGUUUGACCAAUAUAAUGAAGACCUCAGCCGGGGCUGUAAUGCUGCUUCUUACGCUGAAUUCUACUUGGAGCAAAUCCAAGCUAUUCGAACAGAGUUUUGGUUUAACGAGCUAAGUCAGAUGAAAUACGAUGGAUUAAAGUGA